ACCGCCGGACCCUCGUCCCCUCGUCCCCUCGUCCGCCGGUCCGUCAGUCGGUCCGUCAGUCGGUCCGUCAGUCCGUCCGGCCCAGGUGAGCUGAACUGAGCUCAGCACUGUGCAUGAAAACCCACACUCUUUUCAUCCGUUGUUCUUCGGCCCAGGAAAUUUCAGCCGAAGCGUCAUCAUCUAAUCCAAAGAAAAAUGAUGUAUCCUCUUGGAUUUUUUCUGAGAAAUGGCAGCACAGAAAAGGAAAUCUACAGUAGUAGAGCUUUCCGUUAAACAGAGAAAGCUGGAGAAGAGCAACAAACCAACGCAUUCAGCAAAUAAGGAAAAACAUGUUUUAACUCCAAGACAUGACUCAAGUAAAUCAAAACCAAAUAAUUGUAAAAUACAGAAGAAAAAACUUCUCAAAACUUUGGUCAAACCAGACAGGUUAGCGAACAGUAAAGCCACCAGCAAUUGUGGCAAGUCUUCCUCUCAGAUUAAAUUUGCUAAAAAGCCAUCCAGCCAGAGUAAAGGCGAAUUAAAGAAAGUACCCAUUAAAACUGUGCCAAUAAAGAAAUCUACACUAAGACCUCCAAACAAGGUGAAGUCUCCUAAAACUUCCCUUUGCCUUUCCAAACUAAACCAUAAUAACCCUCCAGGGUCCACAAAAGCGCCCUUCAGGAAUACUCCUGGGAAGACAGAGAAAUCUAAUUUGAAGCAAACUAAUGUUUUUGUUGAAAACACCCAUCUGGUGAAAUUACAAUCAGAUGAUAAUCAUUCACCUGAAAAUCAGAGCGGCCAUAACACCAAGCAUUUCCCCUCGAUACCUAUAAACAGAGCUGCGCCGAGGAACACCCAGUCAGCAAUGAAGUCUGUCAAAGAAAAGUCAAAAGAAAACAACUCUGUUACAUCAGCUAAAGUAAUAGCCAGUGAUGAUAUGGCCAAAAGGUUGGCUUCCAAAGGAGCAGAGAAACCUUUGCUAAAAAGUUCCAGCGACAGGAAGGCAAAUGAACCUGAACCGAGGACGCGGAUGACUACCAGAUCAGAAAAUGCAAACUCUAAUAAUAAGAAAUCCAAGCACCUUGACAAAAACUCUGUGGCUAUCAAAAAACUUGCACAACUAGAUUCUCCCCCCCAAAAGGAAUUAUCCCAGAAAAAGCCAGCCCAAGAAAUUCCCAGAUCAAAGCGAGCGACUCCAACUCCUUUGAAUGAACAACUUAAUAGGAGAUCGCAAAGACUGCAACAGUUGAUGGGCGCUUCGACGAGAUCCUUGCGAAACCGGGAAAUUAAAGGGCCCGCCGUAGAACUCAAGCAAAAUACCCCAACGAAAAGAGCGGAGCGCAGUAGUAAAGCUGAACUAGUUAAGCUUAGCAAGCCCAAAGGAGAACAGAAAAAUGUAAAACGAAAAGUUUCGAAUGUCACGUCGGACUCCCCGGAAAAGAAUGACGUCUCCGCGGUGGAAGAAACGACAAGUUCUCCAAAAGGAAAGAAGCGCAAAGUGGAUCAAAGAAUUGACGAUGCCAGCCUUUCGCAGAAGAGCACGCAACAGCCCGCUAAAAAAGAAAUGCACUCAGGGCCCAUGGUUUCUUCCCAGGUAAAGAAAGCUGAAGCAGUCAACUCUUUGACCCCAAAGAGGAUUGAAAAGCUAAGCGUGAAGCAGGCAGGACGCUCAAAUAGUGUGAAGUUAAAAAAAAAUUCACACCCGGUAGCGCCUGACGAAAACGUAGAUGAUAAUCCAGAGAACGCCGUAAAAUCGAAACGAGUAAGCAUCCUCGAACUUUGUGAAGAAAUCGCGGGGGAAAUUGAGUCCGACACUGUAGAAGUGAAAAGGGAGGCUUCGAUCCCUGAAGGUGGGAAAGAGGAAGAGAAGCCCUCCAAAAUUCUUCCAGCAGUCGAAGGGCAGUUGCUUUCUCAGAAGGAGCCAAGUACAAAUGUCCAGUGCAAGCGUUUUUUCCCCAGUCGAAAAGCGGUGCCUGUGAAAUGCACGUUAAACGGCAUAAGCAGCCCGGUGAAUAAAAAUUCCAAGUGGACAAAAAUUAAGUUAGCUAAAGCUAACCACGUACAUCAAGCUUGUCCGGAUUCUUCCGCAGCCCCCAAACUGGACACGAGAACUAAUUCUAACGUUUCGCAGGCCACAGUCCGUCUCUCUCCGGACACGCAACGUUUGAAGAUGCCGAACAAACUGCCAGCAGCAAAGCCACAUGAAGAGAAAUGUGCAGUUUCCAAACAGGGGAAAUCAAACGAUGAGAUUCCUUUUGAGGAAGUCAAAAGUAAUGCCACGACGACUGUAACAAAGAAAUCCACCGAGAGGAUUGGUCAGGUGGAUAAUCAGACGAAGCAGCCUCUCGAGCCAACAUCAGAUGAGAGUUGCAGCUUACGUUUGGAAGCGAGCCCAGAAAGCACUCCAGCAAGAAAUUUGGUAGCAGCAGCAGCAGCAGCAGCAGCCGCAGCUGAAAUGCCACCUGUACCACCUCAGCCUAAUCAAAUCAAAACUGCUAAAGAGGACAAUGAAUCUCCAGGUUCUGCUCCCAGGCAGCUGGUACGCACUUUAUUCAGUAACCAAACACCCAAGACCAGUGAUCGCAGGGUAGCAUUGCCAAAUCAACCAUUAACAGUAAAGAGCAGUUCCCUAUCGGAGAUAAAAAUUCCAAAAGAUUUAAAGCUAAAAGAAGCCGAAAAGGAUGAUGACAAGCAAUUGAUCAUAGAUGCAGGACAAAAAAGAUUUGGAGCAAUUUCCUGUGCCGUUUGCGGAAUGCUGUACACAGCUUCUAACCCAGAGGAUGAAACACAGCACCUGCUCUUCCAUAACCAGUUUAUAAGUGCCGUAAAAUACGUGGGAUGGAAAAAGGAGAGGAUUUUGUCCGAGUACCCCGAUGGCAAAAUAAUAAUGGUCCUUCCUGAAGAUCCAAAGUAUGCACUGAAAAAGGUGGAAGAGAUUAGAGAGAUGGUAGAUAAUGACUUGGGAUUCCAACAGGCUCCUCUCAUGUGUGCCUCCAGGACGAAGACCCUGCUCUUCAUCUCUAAUGACAAAAAAGUAGUUGGCUGCUUAAUUGCAGAACAUAUCCAGUGGGGAUAUCGAGUAAUAGAAGAGAAGAUUCCCGAUAUCAACACAGAAAAAGAGAAAGUCAUCUUUGAGCGGCAGAAGGCCUGGUGCUGCUCCACAUCUCCCGAGCCUGCAAUCUGUGGGAUUAGUCGGAUCUGGGUAUUCAGCAUGAUGCGUCGGAAGAAAAUUGCCUCUCGGAUGAUUGAAUGCCUAAGGAGCAACUUUAUAUAUGGUUCCUAUUUAAGUAAGGAAGAAAUUGCUUUUUCUGACCCUACACCAGAUGGAAAACUCUUUGCAACACAAUACUGUGGCACCGGCCAGUUUUUGGUAUACAAUUUCAUUAACGGACAAAAUGUCACCUAAAGUGGAAUUCUUCCCCAGAGGGACCCGAAGACACUCGCAAGACACGGAUAGGUGGCUGAUUUUGACCAGGAACCAGGGCCAUUUUUCUUAUAGCGAACUCAGGACUGGAAGGAACCGAGAGGUUGUUCCAUUUUAAUAACAUUGGAAUCAAUGCUGUUAUAGCCGAAUUUUGUUUUGUUUUUUAAAAGAAGAUAUUUUGUUUACAGAAGUUUAUGAUGGAUGUAUUUUAUCUAGAGUUAUUUAGACAUGUUUACAUGCAGCAGGUAAUUGUUCAUAGUGGACUGUAAACAAAUGCAAAGACUCCGGUCUCAGUUGAUGAGUAUCUGUUGAAGUUCUUUAAAUGGAGAUAUGCCAGCGUGGCUGGGGACGGAAUCGUUUGGCAGUGCACCGCCCGUGCUGGUUUUCGCGAGCCAGCGCGUCAGCUUCAAGCGGUCACUCUUCUCUGGAGAGAAAGUCAGCCCCGAAUGGGUGGGUUAGAGGGGACAGUAUUGGGGGGGAAUACACCAGGGUGGUCUUCCCGAGAGCCUCUGGAGCUAUUCAGCAGGCCUGUGCCUGCUCGAGGCAGGAGGGAGCAAACAAGUGCAGGCCAUUUGUUUCCUCCUCUCUCCCACUUCCUUUCUCCCUCCUUGCUGGGGAAGGGAGGGGGCCGAAGGAGGGCGGGACCACUGCCGGAGAGCUGCAGUUGGCUGGGAUUCUGGAAAUCCUGGGAGCCUGGCAGCAGAAUUCGGCAGCCCCUCUUCGGCCGGAGUCCCGCCCACAAGAAGGAAGAACCCAGGUGGAAAUGUUGUCAAGGCCAGGGUUGUCUGGCAGCAGGCCCUCCUGAAAGGCUUUAAAAGCGCGCCGGCCUGAAGAGGGUUUUAAGCUAAACUUGAAUUACCUGUGUUUGCUGUAUCUUUUUUUUUUCCAGAAAUGCUGCACUGAGUAUAUCCCUUCAUUAAGGGACUUCACUUUGAUACUUGUCUAUCCUUCAUAAUGCCCUCCACUUUUAAAGGGUUUAUUUGUCGAAAUACUGCUGUGGCCUUUCUUGAUCUGUAUAUACUGUAGAAUAAAAGAAUAAAGGACUUGAUAGUUUUUCUAAGC